AUGGCGACGGGUGCUGAGCGGUGGACCGGCGAAGCCCGGGAGACGCGGGAGACGAGGAACGCGUUGGCGGGGAAUGUGGAGCGUACGGAGGCGUUCGUGCGCGAUGGAGGGUGCGAACGGAUGUUAAUGGUGGCGAUGGAGGCGGCUCGGGCGUGGAACGCUGGGGAGCGUGACGUCGAGUGCGCAAAGUGUGGGAUGUUUGCCUUGCAGACGCUCGCGAACGCUGGGAUGGACGACGCGAGGUGUUACGAGAAGUCGUGGGCGAGCGAGAUCGUGAGUGAUGCUUUGAGCGAGGUGUCAUCCACGAGAGGGGUUUUCGCGGCGAAGACGCACGGAUUGGCGUGCGCGUUCGUCGAAGCGAGCGUGAGAAACGACUCGGAGCGGACGAAGCGCGCGGUUGACGGGUCUUGGACGUUUUGGCGCGAAAUUCUCAGGGCAUCCGCGGAACGCGGCGAACCCGAAGGCGUAGGCGGUGGUGUACACUUGAUGUCGCUCGUGUGCGCGGUGUGUUGCCGCGGAGACGGUUUGCCGAGAUUGUUUCGAGGUUUGUCUCCGAAUGCCUCCGACGUCCAGUCGCGGAGAGAAGAGAUGCUUCGCGAGCGCCUAGUCACCCUCGCCGUGGACGAGUCCUCAGCGGUGGGUUCAACGAUAAAACAAUCACUACUCCUCGAGUACGUUUCCGAGCAAGCGACUUUAUUGCAUUUCAUAGCCGCCAUCAUGGACGAUAAAGAUGCGACGGCGUAUGUCGAUAUUCCGCUCUCUGAGAUCCCCGAGGGCGUUCAACCGCCACUCUUGAUGCCGCAAGAGGUUUUGGCGUUUUUAUUAGACACCACUUCCAUUGUUGCUGGACGGCUUGCCGCUGCGGCGGAUGAAGACGAACGAAACGUCGCGCUUUCGUUAUUCAUGGAGUGCGUGAGCAUUUUGCGAAAGAUGAGCGAGCGCGAGGUUAAACCGCAUCUUGGCGACACUGUGGCCUGUUUAGCGGCCAUGGGGCUCGUGAGACUUGUUCUCUCGCUUCUUGCCGCGCUAUCACCGCCGGAGGGUAUCGGACAGACGAGUAAGGCGACUGGACCGGCGGCGGCUCCUCGGCUUGAGGCUGACGUGCCCGAAGAGCUCAAGGGCGACGUCAAGUAUCCAAGUACCUUACCAUGGACCGGAUAUAGAGUUGAUCUCAUCGCGAUCAUCGGUAACGCAUCGUUCAAUCGUGCUCAAGUAUGCGACCUCGUUGUUAGUCUUGGAGGCGUUCCGAUGGUGUUGAAUCACACUCGCGGCGAAGACGGAGAAGCGUAUCUCAGAGAGUGGGCGUUGUGGGCAGUUCGUAACAUGACUGAAGUUAGCGACGCGGCUCGACAGAAAAUCAUCGAGCUGCAGCCCCAAGCCGUGGAAGAAAGCGAAGAGCUUCUGGCAAAAGGUCUCGAUGUCGAGCUGAACCGGGAGACGGGACGACCGCGCGUGGUGAAACGAGACGCCGCUCCGAGCGUGACGAACGUUGCCCUCAUCGACGAGGUCGAACCUGCGAUUCCGUCGAACUGGAAGAUAACCGAACUUUGA